AUGUCAAUGUCGCGCUCCCUUCUCCUGCCCGUCGCGCUCCCAUUUCCUGCUCGUCGCGCUCCCUUCUCCUGUUCGUCGCGCUCCCUUCUCCUGAUCGUCGCGCUCCCUUCUCCUGCUCGACGCGCUCCCUUCUCCUGCCCAUCGCGCACCAUUCCGUCACUUAUCAUUUCUGUCACUCAUGGGUGUCUUUGCCUCCCCCUUCCCUACGCGCUACUCCCCCUUCCCUACGCGCUGCUCCCCCUUCCCUACGCGCUGCUCCCCUUCCCUAGGCGCUGCUCCCCUCCCUACGCGCUGCUCCGCCUUCCCUUGCUACUCCUCCUUUCCUACGCGCUGCUCCCCUUCCCUAGACGCUUCUCCCCCUUCCCUACGCGCUAUUCCCCCUUCUCUACUCGCUGCUCCCCUUCCCUAGACGCUGCUCCCCCUCCCUACGCGCUGCUCCCCCUCCCUACGCGCUGCUCCCCUUCCCUACGCGCUACUCCCCUUCCCUACGCGCUACUCCCCUUCCCUACGCGCUACUCCCCCUUCCCACUUAUCCCUUCUCCUUCCUUUCCGUCUCGCCUUCUCUCCUUCCUUCCCUCUGUCCAUUCUCCGAAGCGUCAACCGCCUUGCAUCGGGCCUGUCACUCACACACUUACAUGUGACACUCACUCCCGUUCUGCAAACUCACUCCCCUCCUCUCCUCUCCCUUUCCCCAUGUCCUUCCCUCCGUUUCCCCCCCUGUCCCUUCCCUCCCGUUCCCCGUGUCCUUCCCUCCGUUUCCCACCUUGUCCCUCCCUCCACCUCCCCCCUGUCUUUCCCUUCGGUUCCCCCCUUGUUCCUCUCUCUCUUUCCCUGUGUCCUUCCCUCCUGGCCCCACCUUCCCCCUCCCUUCCUUUCCUCCAUUCCUAA